AUGAACGAAGAUUAUGAGGGCAAGCCCACCGAGGAAGAGCUAAGAACUCUGCGCCGUGUCCCCGGAAACGUCCCCAUUCUCGCCUACCUCAUCUGCCUCGUCGAGUUCGCAGAGAGAGCUUCCUACUAUGGUGUUCAGCCGUUGAUCAGCAACUUUGUCAACCGCCCCAUGCCCAUAGGAGGCAACGGCUAUGGUGCUCCUCCAAGGGGGGAUCAGCAGACUGCUGGUGCGCUGGGAAUGGGCACCACAGUCUCCAAUGCCGUCGGACAAUCUUUCAGUCUGAUUGCAUAUGCAUCGCCUCUAUUCUUCGGUUGGCUCGCCGAUGUCAAGACUGGUCGUUUCAAGAUGAUCUCAUGGGGCAUUCUUGUCUUUGGUGUUGCUCACGUUCUCAUGGUUGGUGCUGGUGCUAAGGACCUGUUGGCCAAUGGACAAGCCAAGAUUCCCUACCUCAUUUCUAUCUACGUUUUGGCAAUUGGUGCUGCCAUGUUCAAGCCUUGUGUUUCACCUCUGCUUCUCGAUCAGUUGACGACAACCGUUCCCACAGUUACCACUACAAAGAAGGGCGAGCGCGUUAUCAUGGAUCCCGAGUCCAGCACCGAGAGAGUCAUGCUCUGGUUCUAUCUUGUGAUCAACAUUGGUGGUUUCAUGAACGUCGCCACGGCUUACAUUGAGAAGUACAUUGGUUGGUGGCUUGCCUUCUUGAUACCAUUCUUCCUCUACCUGCCACUGCCUUUCCUCAUGUGGUUCUUGAGAAAACGUCUCAUCCUGAACCCUCCUGGUGGAAGCGAUCUUGGCAGAUGUUUCAAGGUCCUUGGUGUCUGUAUUAGAGGAGCCGGAAUCAGAGGCAUUGGCCGUCACGGUUUCUGGGACCACGCCAAGCCUGCUAACAUGGUCGCCAGGGGUAUCAAACCCCCAUCCUGGAACGAUCAGUUCGUCGACGAUGUCCGCCGCACGUUCCAGGCUACUGGUAUCUUCUGUUUCUUCCCUAUCCAGUACCUCAACGACAACGGUAUCGGAUCUGCGGCCAGUUUCCUGUCCACCAUGUUGACCACCAACGGUGUGCCCAACGACGUUCUCAACAAUUUCAACACCCUCAGUAUCAUCGUCAUGGCCCCCAUCUUGAACUACGGUCUUUACCCCUUCCUCCGAAAGGCUGGUAUCCACUACGGUCCCGUCGCCCGUAUGACCACAGGUCUGGCUUUGUCCUCCAUCGGCGGUGCCGCCUACACAGUGCUCAACUACUACGCCUACAAGCUGUCUCCCUGUGGUGAGUAUGGCUCAUCUGAUUGCGCGGUUGGUACCGGAGUCGCCCCAAUCUCCAUUUGGUGGAUGGCUAUUCCCUACGCCAUCGGAGGUAUUUCCGAGCUAUUUAUCAAUGUCCCGGCCUAUGGUAUCGCCUACUCACGUGCCCCUGUCAACAUGAGAGGUCUCGUAUCAGCCAUCAACCUGUUUACCACCGCCGUCGCUUACGCGAUCGGUCUUGCCUGCUCUGCCGUCAUCACCGAUCCCUACCUGACCUGGGACUUUGGCGGCCCGGCCAUCGUCGGCGGUGUCUUGACCAUCGUCUUCUACUUCUUGUUCCGACACAUCGACAAGGAGGAGUACGUCAUGAGCCAGAAGAACGAGAACAUGGAUACCAUCCUAGACUCGACGGGCACCGUCAACGUUGCCUACGAGAACGAGCACAACAAGGGUUCGACCCAGCGCGCCGAUCCCAUUCAUCAGAAUGAAGAGAUGAUGAUUUCUCAGAAGCAAUAG